AUGAAUUCCGAUAUUAAAAUUUAUUCCUUUGAUAAAGGCACAGGUUUUGCACUACUAUACCAAAGAGAUGCAUCUCUUAAAUUAGAAGAAACAAUUAAAAAUAGCAGAAUUAUUGAUCAUGACCCAACACCCACACUUACUACCAAAUUUCAAAAACAAUUAUCUAAAUUAAGAAAAGAGGGUAAACUAGACACAACUGCAUAUUUUAAAAUGUAUCCGUCAGAUUGUGUACCACCUAGAAUAUAUGGAAUGGUUAAAGCGCACAAACCUGAAAAAGAUAACCCAAUGCGCCCUGUUGUCAAUCAACACACCACCAUAUGGAAUAUCCGAAUACCUCUCAAUUUAUAUCCGUCCAUACCCAUUGACGAAGCUAUUCCAGUUAUUAUUGAUAUAUUGAAUAAUGAUAUAGACGACUUAAAGACUCGAACUAAACUAUCUCUUGUAGACAUACAUCAAUUAAUAGAACUUUCAUUGAGUAUUUGCUAUUUUCUAUAUGAAAACAAAAUCCGAAUAAUACCUAAUUCAGGUCCUAUAGAUUUGUCUUUAAUGGUUGUUAUGGCGGAAGCGUUUUUACAGAAUAUAGAAAGAAAAGCUCUUGAUAUAGCUACUAUUUGUACAUGUGAACCAAAAACUUUUGUGAGAUAUGUAGACGACUGUCAUGCUCGCUUUAACUCAAUAAAACAACAGCAAAUGUUUCUAAAUAUCCUAAACGAACAAAACCCUUCCAUAAAAUACACUGUUGAACUCGAAAACCACCAAAAACAACUUAACUUUCUAGAUGUUAAUAUUACAAACAUAAUGCAUGGAGCUUAUGAAUUUCAAAUACAUCGAAAAGAAGCAAUAACUAAUAUUCAACUAAAACCUAACUCAAACAUCAAUCCUAAUAUUAUCACUGGCGUAUUCAAAGGGUUUUUAUGUCGUGCAAAGAGAUUAUGCUCUCAAAAAUAUCUCAAACAAGAAAUUGAUUUUCCAAUAGAAGUGUUUGUUGAAAACGGGCACAACAAGAACAAUCUAAUUAAUAUCGCCAGAAACUUUCUAAAAAACGAAUUAAAAAAUACCAAUUAUAAACCAACUGACAACCAACCAUUUAUAAAACUACCAUGGAUACCAAUCGUUGGUCCCAAACUUAGAAAGGAACUUACAGUUAUAUUUACAUCCGCUCCAAAUUUAAACAAUAUUUUAUGCAACAAUAAGACAAAACUUCCUCCAAAUACAAACCCAGGCGUCUACGAACUAAAAUGA